CAGAAAGCACGCAUCGCUUCCAAAUCGUCCUACUUGAAGAUGCAUAAUUGAAAACCCUGAGAUUAAGAUUGUUCCUUUAAUAUCCAUUAAAUCCAACGUUUGAACUUAAACUUUUUGUUUCAAGUGUUAAUGGAGAAUAACCACCCUUGCCCUACUCGAGGACGAACAUUAGGUGUCAACCGCAGUUGGAUCGAUCGAUCGAUCGAUUCGUGUAUUGGACUUAACAGGCGGUCAAGUUGCUGUCUCCAGUGAAGUGGCGGUUUUUGGCGGUUCAAGAAGCCAAAUAGCAAUACCGAUUCUGAUAUGCGCCACAUACAUAUACUUUGUGUAGGAAUGAUACAUAUGUAGGCCGAGGCGGAUGAAUGGUCCUCCACCUUUAUUAAUUCUUGAUCUACUUUGAGAUUUGGCCGGUGGUGUUGGCGUUGUCCUGAAAUCAUCUGGAGUGGACCAAGGAACUGGCUUGAGAACCCCAGUGCUCGUCUGGCUUUUGCCCGCGUGUCUCUAAUUGCAGCCCUAGCGACCAACCAGCCCCUUAUGUUGGAGGAGCCGCAACCAAAUAUACGUUUGCGCUCUAAUAUCUCAAAGAAAAAGUCCUGGCCGCAACGUGAUUCCGCAGGAUUGUACGGGAUUAUGGGGUCCACGGAUAAGUUCUAUUUGCGAUGGAACGACUUUGAGGCAAAUAUCAGCGCCGCUUUCAAAGAACUCCGUCAAGACAAAGAUUUCUUCGACGUUACUUUGACCGUGGACGACGAUCCCAAUCAUGUGUUGCAAGCCCACAAAGUCAUUUUGUCGGCUUGUUCGCCUUUCUUCCGUAAUGUUCUCCUACGUCAGAAUGCCGCCAUGGGUGUUGCCGGCUUCUCGCAUCCUCACCCUUUGGUUUAUCUCCGGGGCGUGUCCUACGAAGAUCUGAAGCACAUCAUCGACUUCAUGUAUUAUGGCGAAGUCAAUGUGGCCCAAGACGAUCUCCAAGCAUUCCUUCAAGUGGCCGAAGAUCUCAAAGUCAAAGGCUUGACUCAAGCCGAUUCCAAUAGCAGCUCUGCCCCGUCCUCAUCGUCAUUGGGCAACUCCUCUGGUCCAUCUCGAGAGCCUUCGGGGGUAAAACGAGAGCCUCCUGGAGAAAACGGAGGAAUAGCCAAGAAGCGAUCCCGUCCAAAUCUAGCCGUUCCAGUCCCUGGACCCUCUCAUCAAGUACCUGUUCACUCCAUCGACGAUGAUGUUCAAGACGUCGGCGAUACCAACGUUAAAACGGAACAUUUGGCUGCCUCUGACUUUGAAGGCACUGACUUCGAAGCUGUGGAGGGCGAAGGUGGGGAAGGCGAUUAUGACUAUACUCAGUACGGCGAUGAAUCGGGUGAAAUGACGUACGCGGAAGGAGAAAAUGGCCAAAUGGUACCAGGAACAUCAGGUGGAAACGAAUCCAACGUGCAAACCAUGAUGGUCGUCAUUCCGGGGACAAAUAACGUGAUGUGCAAACUCUGCGGCUUCAACUCUAAAUUAAAGAGCACAACUAAACGGCAUGUGAUUGCCAAGCACACAAAUAUUCGUUAUCCAUGCCAGAUCUGUCCCAAAAGCUUGACUCAAGAAGGAAUGCGAGUUACCCAUUACAAACGAGCGCAUGGGGUCUCCCUGACAGCCUCUCAAAUUCGAGAGAUGGCGCGAGAUGAGACUUUAGUCAAAAAAGCAUGAUCAACCUUAGUGUUUUUGAUGCUUUUGAAAUUGACAAGAACAGUGCACUACUUAAAGUGACGCAUAUGUGCAUUCGCUACAAAUGCAGUGAACUUACAUUUCUUUGCCCAGCUUUACAUACGACGGAUUGAAGCCCAAGAUUUCGUCAUUUUUGCUCCCCGAAUUUAACGGUCCAUGAAGCAAACAGUGUAAAUAAAUUUCCCUGACGAAGAAAUAGGCUUCCUACGCUGUAUUUCGGAGAGCUAUUUAUGACUUAGCCUCUACCAAAAAGAGGGCCCAUUGGGCCGAUUUCAUUUUAUUGAAUUAUAACGCGUUUGAGUUGUUUUUGGCUGAUUCUUUCAAAAUUUCAUGUCAUGUUUAAUUAAUGACCCAGGUCGUAUAAAGUCCA